AUGCACUUCAACCUCUCAACCGUUCUCAUCCUCGCUACGGCGAUCCUCUCCGUCAACGCCUCACCUUCCCCUGCCGAAAGCCUGUCCAUUGUGGAACAUUCGUUGCCGGCCUCAGUGGCUUGCGCGGCAUCCGGGGCGGUGGCUCCAGAGGCAGAGGAGGAUCAUGGGGUAGAAACAGAUGGGGAGGAGGAAACUUGGGAGGAGGUGGUGGAUCAGGAGAGAGAGAAGAGAGAGAAUAAGAUGAAGCAGAAUGGCGUUAAGAGAGAUGGCUCUCAAUACCAAACAUUUCUGUUACAAUGCCCAAACCCUGUGAUACGAGACCAGUCUGAUCAAACCAAUACUUGUAUCAUCAAUAAUGGGAAUCUUCUACAAACCUUCUUCUAG